AACUAUUCCGUCAAUGUUACUCUUCGACCGUUUUCAUUCCGUCAUUUACUCUCUGAGUGGAAAUGUCAACACCACGGAAGGGGCAUUUGGAAUGUAGCACUCUGAGAGAAUGAAGUGUUUUUUGGUGGCCACUACUCUGACUUUUCUUGGAUUUGUAACAGUUUGUAAGACUGACCUGGAUUUAUACCUGGACGCUCAUGAAACCUAUCGUCUGCUCGGAGUGAAUGCAGAGUUAUACUAUGUAAGGAAGGGAAUUGUUAAUAAUUAUGCCUUAUCAUUUAUUCUUCCUAUUCAUCCUGAUGUACAGGAAAUUGUCUUCACGUGGCGAAGUCUACGACAAGGUCCACCUGAUAUCUAUUACAACAUGAGCUUUGAGGUGUCCAAUCCGAGAGCCAUGCUGAUGCCAGUAGCCAACAUCUCUAAUACUGGAAAGGUCCCCAACUCACUCUCAGUGUUCAGCAUCACCUUUCCUUGUACCGGGAACAUCUCUGCAGAUGUGGAGGUCGUCAUCCAGAUGAAUAUCAGCAUCUUCUCUGCUUCAAAUAUCUCUGUCCUCAACUUCAAACGCAAGAAAACAUGCCUGAUGGACAGUAGAUACCAGAAGACAUUGAGAAACAAACUUUAUUACAACAAGAUACAGACCAUCCCUCCACAUCUGAGCAACCUUACACACAGUCAUGUCACUGUGGAUGAUGCUACCACCAAUGUUAAGAUGUCAACCCGUAUCUUCUACAUCACUGUGGGGUGUGCAUGUGCUGUGAUUAUACUUAUAGCGAUGGCUGUGGCAAUUUACUACCUCAAUACUCAGAAAGGCAACAAUAGGGGAUACUCUGAGAGGAUCAAAUACUAUGACAGCACAAGUUCCCAGCAGCUCUCUAACCAACAGAGUCAGUCCUUCCUGCGAUCAGAGACACCAGUAGAGAGUAGCUACAAAGGCUCCAGUGUGAGAAAUUAUUCCUGUGGGCCAUCCCCCAUACCUGAGUGUUUCCCUCCUGAUCCUAGGGAAAUCCUGCAAGAAGUGGCAAUUGAGCAUCGUAGAAUCGCACUAGGAGAAUUACAGAUGGAGGGUACCUUUGGAAGAAUCUACCAAGGGACAAUACUGAGUGAGACAGUGAGUGAGACAGAAAUAGGGGUGGAUCAAGGAAUCAUGAUCAAAACUGUCUCAGAUCAAGCGAGACCUGACCAGGUUCAUCUGUUCCUGACAGAAAGCUGUAUGAUGAUGGGAAUCAUCCACCAAAACAUCUACCCUGUCAUCGGAGCCUGUAUCGAGUCUGGUCAGCCUCCCUAUGUCAUCUAUCCUUACUCGUCAGAAGGAAACCUUAAAAAGUUCCUCCUUAAAUGUCGGGUCUCAGAGACUGGGUCUCACUAUUCUCUAUCCACACAACAACUUGUAUACCUAGCAAUACAAAUUGUGAAAGCCAUACAGUUUUUACACAGAAAGAAAAUACUUCAUAAAGACAUAGCAACAAGAAAUUGUGUCAUAGACAAUGAUCUGCAGUUGAAGUUAACAGAUAAUUCCCUGUCACGGGAUUUGUUUCCAGCUGACUAUCAUUGCUUAGGUGACAAUGAAAAUCGCCCUGUUAAAUGGCUUUCUCUGGAGGCAUUGGUAGAAAGAAGAUUCUCAAUCAACAGCGAUGUGUGGUCUUUUGGAGUUGCUUUGUGGGAACUUAUGUCUCUAGCUCAACAACCUUACUCAGAAAUUGAUUGUUUUGAAAUGGCAGCAUACCUUAGAGAGGGUUACAGGAUAGCUCAUCCAAUCAACUGUCCUGAUGAAUUGUACAGCAUGAUGUCUGGUUGUUGGGCCAAAAAUCCAGACGAGAGACCGAGGUUUUCCCAGCUUUUAGUGUAUCUCCAGAACUUUUAUGAAGCUUUGGGCCAGUACAUUUAGUGAUAGAUGACUUUUCUCUAUAAUUCAAACGUUUCUCCAGAACUUUGACAGAACCAGUUUGUUUGAUGGAGAAUCGUUGUUACUUGAAUGUUCACCUUCAGUUAGAUAUGAUGAGCAUCCAACAAAUCAUUUUAGGAAAUUGUUUAAACUGUGAAUAUUCAUUUGAUGAAUAUUUAGAUCUUGAGGAUAAAAUCUAAGUUUAAUGCAAGGGUAAUAAAUAUACUCUACUGAAUGUAACAGAAGGUUGUGAACAUUCAAUUUAAAAACUUGUAAUGAAAUAAUUCAUUACUUUGGGCCAAUUGGGCAGGUUGCAAUAGAAAUGGAGAUGUUGUGUUCUCCUACAGUAACGGCUCAACGGAGAGACAAGGUUAAAUCUUCCCAGUUAGGGGAGACUAUUCUGUGUCAGUAAGUCAUGUCUGCAAUAACUCUACUGUCAGUAUGUAAACCAAAUACUUCCUGUUCAUCAUAAAAUUUAUAUAAAAGCAGCCCUUUCAUGUACAUGUAUUACUCUCCCAUCAUUGUUUUGUGUCCAAAGUUUGAUAUUCAUACCUACUUAAGAUUUUUGUAAAUUAUGUUUUCAUCUCUGAUGUCUUGUAAUUUACAGUAUUUUUGGUAUUCUUUUCUCCAUAGAUCUUGAUUUUAUUUUCUUGUGAUUUAUAGAGUGGAUAUAUUUAUUAAAAAUUAUGCUAAAAUUAUAUUUAAAAAAAAUUCCUGACCUAUAACUUAUAAUUCAUUCUGUUUAUUUUCAUGUA